AUGUCCAACCUCGGUAACGGCCUUGGCAACAUUGACUGGGGAAACCAGCAGCUCUCCAAGUUUGAGAAGAACUUCUACAUUGAGGACGAGCGCGUCACCAGGCGGUCCGAGGCCGAGAUCGAGCAGUUCCGUGCCGACAAGGAAAUGAAGAUCCAAGGUCGCAACAUCCCCCGCCCCAUCACUGCCUUCGACGAGGCCGGCUUCCCAGAAUACGUCAUGUCCGAGAUCCGUGCUCUUGGCUUCCCCGCCCCUACCUCCAUCCAGUGCCAGGCCUGGCCCAUGGCGCUCUCCGGUCGCGACGUCGUCGCCAUCGCCGAGACUGGUUCCGGAAAGACAAUCUCCUUCGCCCUCCCCGCUAUGGUCCACAUCAACGCCCAGCCCCUCCUCGCCCCCGGUGACGGACCCAUCGUCCUCAUCCUCGCCCCCACUCGUGAGCUCGCGGUCCAGACACAGGCCGAGUGCUCCAAGUUCGGCAAGUCCUCCAGGAUCCGCAACACUGCCGUUUACGGUGGUGCGCCCAAGGGCGGCCAGAUCCGCGACCUUCAGCGCGGUGUCGAGAUCGUCGUUGCUACUCCCGGUCGUCUCAUCGACAUGCUCGAGAGCGGCAAGACCAACCUCAAGCGGGUCACCUACCUCGUCAUGGAUGAGGCCGACCGCAUGCUCGACAUGGGUUUCGAGCCCCAGAUCAGGAAGAUCGUCUCCCAGAUCCGUCCCGACCGUCAGACCCUCCUCUUCUCGGCCACCUGGCCCAAGGACGUCCAGCGUCUUGCCGCCGACUUCCAGCACGACUUCAUCCAGGUCAACAUUGGAUCCAUGGAUCUGUCGGCCAACCACAACGUCAAGCAGAUCAUCGAGGUCUGCUCCGACUACGACAAGCGUCAGAAGCUCUUGAAGCACCUCGAGGCCAUCUCGCAGGAGAACGCCAAGGUCAUCAUCUUCGUCGGCACCAAGCGUGUCGCCGACGACUUGACCAAGUUUAUGCGCACAGACGGCUGGCCCGCUCUCGCUAUUCACGGUGACAAGCAACAAGCAGAGCGUGACUGGGUUCUUGCCGAGUUCAAGGCUGGCCGAUCCCCGAUCAUGUUGGCGACAGACGUGGCUUCUCGUGGUCUUGACGUCAUCAACUACGACUUCCCCAACAACUGCGAAGACUACAUCCACCGAAUUGGUCGUACCGGUCGUGCCGGAUCCACCGGUACCUCGAUCACCUUCUUCACCACUGACAACUCCAAGAACGCCCGGGAACUGAUUGGCAUUCUGACCGAGUCCAAGUCCGAAGUCCCACCAGAGCUCGCCGAGAUGGCCCGCUACGGUGGUGGUGGCGGAGGUGGUGGCUACCGCGGCGGUCGCGGUGGUGGCCGAGGCGGUGGUGGCGGCUACGGCGGUGGUGGUGGCGGCUACGGUGGUGGUGGUGGCGGCUACGGCGGUGGCGGUGGCAGAUACUAA